AUGGCUGCGGCGAGGAAGGACGGAGUGCAGAUGAUGAAUGGAAGUGCUGCGGCGCCGGAGUGGCGGGUGACGGUGCCGGAGGGCGCGUCGGUGACGGUGGAGCACGAGGGCGGCGGCCGGGCCGCCAUGGCGUGGGCGUGGCUGGUGUCUCGCGCGGCGGCGCUCGGGAGCGGGGCGUCCGGCCUCGCCGGGCGGGUCUGGAAGAUCGGCGCCGACGACCCCCGGAGGGCCGUGCACGGCCUCAAGGUUGGCCUCGCGCUCGCCCUCGUCUCCGUGUUCUACUACACCAGGCCCCUGUACGACGGCGUCGGCGGCGCCGCCAUGUGGGCCGUCAUGACGGUCGUCGUCGUCUUCGAGUACACCGUUGGUGGCUGUGUGUACAAGGGAUUCAACCGAGCCACCGCGACGGUGAGCGCCGGGGCGGUGGCGCUCGGCGUGCACUGGAUCGCGAGCAAGUCCGGCGACAGGUUCGAGCCGGUCAUCCGCAGCGGCUCGCUUUUUCUUCUUGCCGCGGCGGCGACGUUCUCCCGGUUCAUACCGACGGUGAAGGCGCGGUUCGACUACGGCGUGACCAUCUUCAUCCUGACGUACAGCCUGGUGGCCGUGUCGGGGUACCGCGUCGACGCGCUGCUGGCGAUGGCGCAGCAGCGCAUCUCCACCGUCGCCAUCGGCAUCUCCAUCUGCCUCGCCGUCUGCGUGCUCAUCUGCCCCGUGUGGGCCGGCCAGGAGCUGCACCGCCUCACCGCGCGCAACAUGGACAAGCUCGCCGGGGCCGUGGAGGCCUGCGUCGAGGGCUACUUCGCUGAGGAGGAGGAGGAGGCGACGGCGACGGACAAGCGGCGGACGGCGCCGGCGCCGGCGGUGUUCGCCUCCAAGGCGGCGGAGGGGUACAAGUGCGUGCUCAACUCCAAGGCUUCCGAGGACGCGCAGGCCAACCUUGCGCGGUGGGAGCCCGCGCACGGCAGGUUCAGCUUCCGCCACCCGUACGGCCAGUACAAGGCCGUCGGCGCCGCCAUGCGCCACUGCGCCUACUGCGUGGAGGCCCUGAGCGGCUGCGUGCUCUCCGCCGAGCCCCAGGCCCCCGAGAGCGUGAAGCGCCACCUCGCCGGCGCCUCCAGGAGGGUGGCGACGCGGUGCGCGGCGGUGCUCAGGGAGGCCUCGAGCUCCAUCACCGCGAUGACGGCGUCCCGGAGCCUCGACUUCACCGUGGCGGACAUGAACACCGCCGUGCAGGAGCUCCAGAGCGAGGUGAGGGCGCUCCCGUCCAAGCUGUUCGGGGAGGCGACGGCAGCGCAGCAGCUGAUGGACGCGGUGCAGCUCUUCACGGUCACGUCGCUGCUGAUCGAGGUGUCGGCCAGGAUCGAGGGCGUCGUGGACGCCGUCGACACGCUCGCCACCCUCGCGUCGUUCAGCUCGGCCGACUACGAAAAGCCAACCGAAGCAGAUGCCAAGGUGCAAACCGCGAGCGAUCAGGGCCCGGUCGAACCGGUAGCGUCUAGUGCAACGAAGAACACGGCCGAAGAACAGGUUUAAUCCGGUUCACGUCAAAAUCCCACAACGAGUCGAUCGAACCGGGCGGAUUAAACCGGUUCUCGAUUGGUCUCGCGGUUUCGCUGCUCCCGCGGCAAACUUCCGAGCGGCAACCGGUCCGAGUGGCCGAGUCAGAGUGGGGAAUAAUAAGAAAAGAUCAGCGUAAAAAAAAGCCUUGAUCAACGUUGCUUACCAAAGGAAAAGUUGGCAUAAACGGACAGCAUCAAGGAGAAUUAAAAAGAAGAGCACUUAUCAUAAAGUUGCCAAUACGACACUGCGCCUUUCAAGCCAUGAAUGUGGUGUCAAAUCAAUCUUAGUGCGAUGUUAUUUUUUAGUUACCAGAUAACCACAAUGUUAUUUGAUCCCACAUAGAAAAAAAAAA